ACUAGUGUGCUAUGUUGAUGAUGUCCUGUCCGGCCGGGGCGGAGUGGAGUGGACAGUUGUCAUCUAGAGCUCACUUCUGCUGGCGGCGGAGAGCAGAAAAAGGCAGACUUUGCGCCGUCUUUCUCCAAGGAAGAGGGCCUUUCACCCAGGAGUGGUGGACCCCGGCGGUGACGAGGACAGCGACGACGAUGAUGACCGGGACCGGCACGAUGACGUCUGCGGCGGCCGCCGCGGCGAGGCGGUGCUGGUGUUGGCCGCGGCCGAUGUGUGAUGUGGUGAUGUGGUGCUGUGCGGCGGUGAGCGCGGAGCGGAAGUGAUCGCUGCUCGGCCAACACUUCGUGUCGAAGAUUGCGACUCUGGCGCAGCACGUGGGCGAGGAGGAGGUGCGCGGGUGGGUGGAGCGCGCCGCCGCCCUCGCGCUCGCCCGCUCCAACAACAACAAUAACAACAACAACACCAUAGGCAAGCCGCCCGAGGGAUGCCCCCGCGGCGGCCCCGGGGCGCGCGGGGGGUCGUGGCCGGGGCCGCUCAGCCCCCAGCGCCGACGCAGCCCCUCGCUGUCGCCCCCGCGGCCGGACGACGUCGCCGACGACCUGCCGCCCAACAAGAUGCCCCGCCUCAUGCCCGCCGGGAUGCUGGCGUGGGCGGCUGAGCACGCCGUCGCGGUGGGCUCGCCCAUCGCCGGCCUGCACAAGAGCCUGUCGCGGCUGCCCAGGACGGCGCCGAGCCCCAGCCCGGCCGCAAGCCCCGCGCCGAGCUGGCCCGAGGACCUGGCCGCCACCCCCGGGAGCCCCAACGCCUUCCUCGAGGCGCUCAAGGCGUGCUCGGCGCGGCCCGCCGCCACCGCCGACGACCAGCCCCUCGACUUCUCGGUGCACGGCUCGCCGCCCCCGCCACGCGCCGCCAACGGCAUGGCGUCGACGGCGUCCUCGGCGCUGCUCCUGCAGCAGCGGCUGGCGGGGCUGGCCGGGCCGGACCACCGCUCCACCACCCCGUCGACGCCCAAGGCCGCGACCCCCGCGGACCCCGCCGAGGACGGCGGGUCCGGGCGGGCCUCGCCGGCGGGCGGCCCCGGGGACAGGUCCAGGAGCCGCGAGGACGGUGAAGCUGGGCUGUCGGCUCUCGGGGACCUGCGGCGCAGUCCUGGUCCCCUGUGGCGACGUCGCGGUUCGAUCCAGGACGGCGGCGGUGGCGGCAACAGCAACAACAGCGGAGGGGAGCUUGGCGGUGGCGCCCAGGACGCGUCGCCCGUCUCGGACCAGGACUCCGGCGUCAGGCGGCGCCAGGAGGACCAGGAUGACGACAAGGACACCGAGGACCUGGCCCCGCCCUCGUGGCACACGCCCACCGAGACAGGUCCCGCUGGCCGCGGGGACAGCGCCAGCCCCCUGUCGAGGACGCACCGGGAUCGCGGGGUCGGCGACGACGAUGACCGGGGGAGGUCGUCGCCGUCGGAGCAGCUCCACCAGCUCCCCCAUCACCGGUUCCUCGAGCAGCGGCUUGCGAGCCAGCUGGCGGACCGCCUCCAGGACAGGCAUCCCGACGACGACCGGGACGGCGGCGAGGACUCGGACAGCGAGGGCUCGGUGACGCCGGGCCCGACUCCCCCCGCCGCCCUCAACCUGUUCCUGAGCGCCCUGGGCGCGCAGAAUCCCCAGAUGCGGUUGCAGAGCCAGCUCGCGGCUGCGGCCAGCGCCGUGGCGGCGGGCCACCUCCCCGGGCAGCUUUCUCCGCAGCUGCUGUCGCAGCUCCAGCAGCAGCUGCAGCAGCAGCAGAUUCAGCAGUACCUGUUCCUGCAGAACGCCGCCGCCGGCAGACCCAACUACUUUAUGCACAAUCAGGCUCUACUGGGCUCGCAGGGGACGCCGGCCUUCCCUGGGCGAGGGCCUCCGAGCGGCCCCGGCGCCCCCCGCGCUCCCCCCGUGGGGCUCAGGGCAGGCCCGUCCGCCAGCCCCGGCGGCCCCGGGGGCGCGCACCACCUGGCCAGGACCUCGCUGGGCGGACAGAUCCACCAGUCCUCGGCGCAGUCCGGACAGCAGCGGCAGCAGCCCCAGGACCGGCGGCCGCACAAGGCGUCCGCCCUGGGCCGCAGCGUGAACAACAGCGGCGGCGGCGUGGUGAACAUGCCGCACCUCCCGGGGAUGGGGGCCGGCCUCCCGGACGGCGCUGGUGGCGGCGGCGGCGGAGGCGGCGGUGGCGGUGGUGGUCCCAAAGGCGGCUCGGGGACGCCUCGUGCCCUGGCCGAGCCGUCGCCGGAGGAGUCGGUGGAGCUGGAGGAACUGGAGCAGUUCGCCAAAGCCUUCAAGCAGCGUCGAAUCAAGCUGGGCUUCACGCAGGGUGACGUCGGCCUGGCCAUGGGCAAGCUCUACGGCAACGACUUCUCCCAGACGACCAUCUCGCGGUUCGAGGCGCUCAACCUGUCGUUCAAGAACAUGUGCAAGCUCAAGCCGCUGCUGCAGAAGUGGCUCGAGGACGCGGACAACUCGUUCAGCAACCCCAACUCGCUGAGCAGCCCGCUCUCGACCCCGGAGGCCAUCGGGCGGCGGCGGAAGAAGCGGACGUCCAUCGAGACGACGACGCGCGUCGCCCUGGAGCGCGGCUUCCUGCAGAACCCCAAGCCCACGUCUGAGGAGAUCUCAAUCCUGGCCGACAACCUGGGCAUGGAGAAGGAGGUGGUGCGGGUGUGGUUCUGUAACAGCCGGUGGGCAUCUCGUGUUGCAGGCGACAGAAGGAAAAGCGCAUCAACCCGCCAGCCAACUCGUCCUUGGGCGGGAGCCCCCCGCCCUCCCUCGGGGGCCCACCAUCCCCCACCACCACCCCCAACCCUCUGUUCAGCGGGGGUGGGCCCCUCGGGGUUGGGCCCCUCUCUCUGGUCGCCCAGGCCCGGCCCUUCGGCAGCCCACCUCGGGGCGCCCACAGCCCACCCAUGGGCGCCUGCUACAGCCCACCCUCUGGCACCUUCAGCCCACCACCGGCCCUGGGGGGGGCCGGCCUUGGCCCUGGGCCCGGCGGGCCUGGGCCCGGGCCUGCUGCAGGGGCCCCCGCCGGCUACUCCCCGCCGCGGCAUGGGCCCGGCCAUGGGCCAGGCGGGCCUCCAUCUCCAGCCAGAAGCUACAGCCCUCUCCGGUGCAGUCCUUCAAGAACUGGCUCACCCGGGAGCAUCCCCCAGCACGGCCUCCAGCACGGCCUCCAGUGACGCUCAGCCCCACCCCAGCCAGCCGGCGUGGGGGCCACAAGGACCGCGGUCUCCGUGAGCUGCCUCUAGGCGCUGGCGGUGACCUACUGUAGUUCUUCUACAUGUUAUACUUAAAGUUAAAGUUCGUUAGGUGUUGUAUUUUUAUUUUUUAUUUUUGUUUCUGCGUUUUGCAAGAAAGGCAAUCCAGACAUAUGGUUCAUGUGUGUUUAUACGUGGACAUACGAAAUCCGUCCCCCUCAGAGGAAUUCUAGUCAAGAGAAUAAAUUACAUAAGAGCCAAAGGCAGCUAUAUCUGGAAUCUAAAUUAUUUAUUAACUUGAUGACAUCAACACUUUGGGAACUAAAUUAUUUAUUGAUUAAGAAUUAGUGUUUGAAUGUGGUGGCACAGGAACAUGGUUUGAUUUCAUCUUCUGGGUCAUGGUUUCUAAUUUGCUCGUGUUAGGAGGUAUAUUGAAGUACCAAUUGACUUCAAACAGUGUAUACCAAAUGAAAAUUUAUUAAUGAAAAAUCUGUUCUUUUGCUAAUUUAGGGUAUGUUUUUAUUUAAGAGCUCAAUUGCAAUUACUGUUAUGUGAGUCUUCCAUGCAAGGAGAAAUAUUUACCCCUGUAUACGAUUUUGACGAAACUUGUAUACUAGAGUAAGCUGACCAAAGUGUAUUGUGAUUACAUGUAUGUGGGAAAGUCCUUGUCGAAACUCUAAAUUUCAUGUGAAAACUGGCUCCGGCAUUGCCACAUAUCAGCCAUUUCCCCAUGACUAAGUUUAAUUUUUUUUUAAUGGGAGAUUUUCUACUUUUGUCCCCGCUAUUAAGUCUGUAAACUUACACACAACAUAUCAUCUUAAAAAGGCAGACUACAAGGACUUUUUUUUCGAGUAUACUGAAAAAAUCAAAUUAUAGAUAUUAUAGUUUCGGUAAUCAGUUUUGAUCUAAGAGUAGGUGGCAGCAUAUCAAACAGGCAUUGCAGUGGGUACCUUACAUCCGAAACUUACUGUGUUGGAUAACUUUCAAUUUCAGAUAGAAUAAAAAGGAACCGAUUAAUUAUUUGCCUUUGGGGAUUCAUUAUACAGAUCAAAGAUUUCACAUAAGAUAUUUUGUUUGUGAUUUUAUUGUGUUCAUUUCACUAGCCUUAAAACUAACGAUGGAUGUAUAGCUAAGUUUGGUUAAGAAUGUGUAAAACUAUGUAUACCAUAAACAUAUUUGUGAUCUACAAACAGGAGUACUUUAAGCAUUAAUCUGGUGCAUCCUGGGGAAUGUUAAGUCAUAUCAAAUGUGGGAAAUGAUUCUUCAUUAUGUACAAUUUUAUGUUAAUGUCAAUUUAACUGCCCAAAAUUGACCAUGUGAAAAAUAGCUGUAUAUAUGUUAAGUUUGUAGAUUAUUCUAAAUAACACGGCGUGUGAACGGAAUUCUUUUAAAAAUGAGUAUACUGUUUUCCAACCAUACUUUUCAGAAUUUCAUUUAAAAGGCACUGAAACUACGCAACCUAUUACAAUAAGCUGCUUGAUGGCGAACUUUGUAUUGCAUUUGAUAAGUCUAUGCAGUGCCUACUGCCUCAUAUAGGCAUUUCUCGUUUGUCACUCUUUUGGAAAAACUACAGUAUUAUUCUAAGUAAUGUUCGCAUUCACACAGCGCUUUGUGAAAAAACAUUCCUUGUUAGAAUAUAGAUUUAAAUUGCCCAAACACAAUAGCAGUUGGCCAUCAAAAGCACCCAGGACCUUCCCGUAUUCAUGUAUAAUAUGUAUCCAGGGCAAUAAAGCAUUAUUUUAUUAUUUA